AAAGCCCCGGCUCCUUUCUUAGCCUCUCUCUUUCUUCUUCCUUCCUUCCUUCCUUCAUUUUUCUAGUUCCAUCUUCCAUGGCGUCCAUAGCUAUCCGGAAAUGUAACUCAAAGCGAUUAAUACCGUUUUCUUCACAAAUUUACCACUCUUGUCGUGGAUCCAUCAUUGCGCCGUUAUCAAUCACAGAAUCCAUUCUUCAUCAUGAUACAACUUCUGCUCAGAACCCAUGGCGCCGAUCAAUGGCCACCUUCAACCGAACAAAGCCUCAUGUUAAUGUGGGAACCAUUGGACAUGUUGAUCAUGGGAAGACUACACUAACUGCUGCUAUCACGAGGGUUUUGGCAGAAGAAGGAAAAGCCAAAGCUAUUGCUUUUGAUGAAAUUGAUAAGGCCCCUGAAGAAAAGAAGAGAGGAAUUACAAUUGCGACGGCCCAUGUGGAAUAUGAGACAACAAAGAGACAUUAUGCUCAUGUUGAUUGUCCAGGACACGCAGAUUAUGUUAAAAACAUGAUCACUGGAGCUGCACAAAUGGACGGUGGUAUUCUCGUGGUUUCUGGUCCUGAUGGCCCUAUGCCGCAGACAAAAGAACAUAUAUUGCUGGCGCGACAAGUCGGUGUACCAUCAUUGGUGUGUUUUCUAAACAAAGUUGAUGUCGUUGAUGAUCCUGAGUUACUGGAGCUUGUAGAAAUGGAGCUCCGUGAGUUGCUUAGCUUCUACAAGUUUCCUGGUGAUGAUAUUCCUAUUAUCAGAGGCUCAGCCCUGUCUGCUUUACAAGGAAUUAAUGAGGAAAUAGGAAAGAAGGCUAUAUUGAAGCUGAUGGAUGCUGUAGAUGAGUACAUUCCUGAUCCUGUACGCCAACUUGACAAACCCUUCUUGAUGCCUAUAGAAGAUGUCUUCUCUAUUCAGGGUCGAGGAACUGUUGCCACUGGCCGAGUGGAACAGGGAAAAAUUAAAACGGGAGAUGAUGUUGAGAUUUUAGGGUUGAUGCAGGGUCCUCCAUUAAAAACUACUGUGACUGGAGUUGAAAUGUUCAAGAAAAGCUUGGAUUAUGGUCAAGCCGGUGACAAUGUGGGUCUCCUUCUUCGUGGAUUGAAGCGUGAAGAUAUACAGCGUGGACAGGUGAUAGCAAAACCGGCUAGUGUGAAAACUUACAAGAGAUUUGAGGCGGAGACAUAUAUUUUAACAAAGGAUGAAGGUGGGCGACAUACAGCAUUCUUCUCAAAUUACAGGCCCCAGUUUUACUUGAGAACUGCAGAUAUUACUGGUAAAGUGGAGUUACCAGAAAAUGUAAAGAUGGUUAUGCCUGGUGACAAUGUAACUGCUAUCUUUGAGCUUAUAUUACCAGUUCCACUUGAACCAGGACAAAGAUUUGCACUUAGGGAGGGUGGUCGAACGGUUGGAGCAGGAGUUGUUUCAAAAGUUAUUAGCUGAUAGAUUUAUCCAUCGGAACAUCAGCUUGAAGACCCUGGUAAUAAAUUGUUUUGCACUCAAAUUGUGUUUUGAAUUUGCUCAAAAAUAUAACUUUGAGGAGAUAAGGACUAGCAGUAAUAUUGUGAUGUUUUUUCUUUCUUUGAGAAUCUGACCUCGGCUCAAUAUGCUAAUGGAUUAUAUUACUAAACACGA